AUGGCUUCCAGUCGCCCCCUGCCCAUUGCUGAGGCAUGGGAGAGUCCCGAUGCUUAUAUUGAAGAGCUGCUCUUAUUCUCUACCACGUCGGUGCUUUUUAUGAAUUUGUGCGGUGGCGUGCAUAUGGUCGACUUUCUGACCCGCGAGCCUGACGUCUAUACAACACUACUGCCAGAAAAUUGGAGGUCUUUCUUCGACCAUCAUGAUAUUGAAAAUAUCAUUCAGCUGCUCCUAAGGGAGGACCUUGAUCACUUACAACGGCCUCCGGGUGCCGAUGUAGAUCACAGCAGUCGGACUUGGAAAGGCGGAGCUUUCCCUCCUCAAAGCCUCUUAGACUACAUUUUCAAUGUUCGUCGAUUGUUACUACAACAAGGCUCAUUUACCUCACCUUCGAAGAAGAUUGAUCUUCCAAAGCAAGUUGCUAUGCGCAUGAAUAGAAAAAAGGUGCACGAGGUGGAAUGCUUUUCACAAUAUGUUGCAUCCCUAUCAGACACUGUUCAUGAGAACCAAGGGAAACCAGUUUCUCAUAUUGUGGAUUUUGGAUCUGGACAGAACUACCUGGGACGCACCCUCGUCAGCUCCCCUUAUCAUAAGCAUAUCAUCGCAAUCGAGCGCAAACAUGAGUACAUCACAGGUGCCAAGGGAAUGGAUGUUCGCGCCAAGUUAGCGAAUGACCCUAAGGCUCUUCACAUCCCCAAGAACAGGAUUUCAGGCGAAGGCUGCGACGGAAUUACAGAAAAGAAUACAUUUGGGACAAUUAAUAUGCCCCAACCAUCACUAGAUGGCUCACGGGUUUCGGAGGAUGCUACUAUCUCCAAUAUGCUAGGCGAGAUUAGCCUUGACCCUGACGAGCUGCUAGGUUCUCUGACAAAAGGGACACCCCGAGAAAAACUGCGGAAGCCAGAGAUCGAUAAUCGCGGUACUCUCAGCUAUAUCGAACAUGAUAUUCAAGAUGGCUACCUAGAGCCCGUUAUUGAACACGUCACCAACCCGUCCUCGGAUGGUACCCCAGAGGGGGCAGAGAAGAAAGAUGUUAAUGCCAGAGUAAUGGUCGUUUCUCUUCACUCUUGCGGAAACCUUGUUCACCAUGGCCUUAAAUCCCUCAUUCUCAAUCCCUCGGUCGUGGCAGUUGCUAUGAUCGGCUGCUGCUACAAUCUAUUGACCGAACGCCUCGGUCCAGCCACAAAUCAACUACCUAUCCUUCAAUCCCUGCACCCUCGACUUGAGGAGACUGGCUCAUCAUACGACCCACACGGGUUUCCUAUCUCCAAAUACUACGAAGACUACCGAAGUCCUGGAACAACGACAGGUAUCAGACUCAAUAUCACAGCACGUGCAUUGGCCGUGCAAGCUCCACACAACUGGACGCAGAAAGACAGUGAAGUCUCGUUUACUCGUCAUUAUUUCCGCGCUCUUCUUCAGCGUAUCCUCGUUGAUCGAGGCGUUCUUCCUAAGCCCCUAGCGCCAGAGGACCCUCCCUCUGAUGGAUCCCAUUCGGAGUCUAAGGCCAACGCAUUUAUCAUCGGAUCGGUACCUAAAUCUGCAUACAAGUCCUUUAAUGCAUAUAUUCGUGCGGCUACGGUCAAGAUGAGCGGAGACCCGGUUUAUGGUUCCAAGAUACAGGACCGCAUUGCUACCAUGACGGAUGAAGACAUUGAGCACUAUGAGGCUCAGUACAUUCACACAAGAAAACAUAUAAGUAUCGUGUGGAGCUUAAUGGCAUUCAGCGCUCAGCUUGUGGAGUCCAUGAUUGUUGUGGAUCGGUGGCAAUAUCUCCGGGAGCAGGAUUCCGUCAAAGAAUGCUGGGUCGAGCCAGUGUUUGACUAUGGUUACAGUCCGCGUAACCUGGCAGUGAUUGGUCUUAAAAAGUGA